AUGAAAGGUGUUAAUGCAAGGGGAAGUCUGAAAUUAUUUCAAAAUGUUUUAAAACUUGAAAGCAAUGAAGUGGCCAAAGGCCUGCCCAGUUUUAUUGAGGCUACUGCCCAUGGCUCUCCAUCUGUGAGAAAGACACACUGCAGCUGUGGGAAACACAAGAAAAAUGUGAAAGGCUGCUAUCAGAAAUGGAUGUCUGCCUACAUUUUUCCCUUCCCCUCUUCUGCCCCACAGGCAUGCAUCUCCCAAACUCUAAGGGUCCCCACUUGCAACCAGCGGAGCAAUGAGCAGUGGUUGUCAAAGGGCUGA